UCCUUUCUUUUCUCCCUCUUAUCAGAUUUCUUCUUCUUCUAAUCUCUCCGCCCAACUAGGUGGUAUCGAACAUUAGAGGUCAUUGCAUCUCAAAUUCCAACAAGCAGGAUACAUGUUUGCAGGUGCGGGAGAGCUAUCAUCAACAGAAAUGGAGUUGUACCCAAGACAAAAAGUAAUAAACAGCCACCCACACUCGCCGCUUAUACUGAAGCCUGCUCAAAAACCAUACCAUUGCGGGGGAUGUAAAGAGUAUGAGAUAGAUUUAAGACAAUGUUACCAGUGUGAGCACAAGGAUGUGCACCAGAAAUGCGACUUCCAUCUUCAUGUGGAAUGCGACCCUUCCUCCCAGUCCAUCUGGCUUCAGUUUAUCAACUGCACCUUUACCUUUCAGCAGGAGGCCCCAAGAGGAAAGAAAAUGGUUUGCGAUGGAUGUGGGAAGGAUGUGAGAGGUUGGUUUUAUCAGUACUUAUCUCGGGGGAACCCACGUUAUUUACACCCAUGUUGUGCCAAGCUUCCAUUUAAGAGGACGGAUAAGGGAGGUAUGGUACUUGAUCUUAAGGAAAAGACUUCAUCAGUGUGCCUAAUAUGUGGAAAUGAGGGUAAUUCCAAAGAUUUCAGGAGCUGGGUCUACGUUUCCCGCUGUGGCAACUACUGUUAUCAUGUGGCAUGCGUGAAAGGCAAAGUGGAGAGGUGGAACAAAGAGGAGGCUAGUAAUCAGCAACAAAGUUCUGGGGCUGGGACCAGCAGCGGAGCCUUGGUGAGAAGGGCUCCGAACCAAGAGAUAAAAACGCGCCGUGGAGAGAAGGCCCUCGAGUACUUGGAGAUGGCAGUGGAUAUUUUCAAUUUCGUGGUUCUUCUCAUCUUUGGGAUAUCUAUUCCUGUGCCUUUCGGAUUGGUGAUCAAAUGGUUAAAAAGAAAAUAGAUCGUCAUCGCAUCAGAAAGUGAUUCAUCUAAAAUCAUUAAUCAUGGUUAGUUGUUAUGGCUUUUUAGCAAAUGCGAGCUUUUUCUCUUUUGUUUCGAGUGCUUUUCUUUUUGCCCCCUUUUUGGAUUGACGUGGUCAAUUUAUCUCUGGUGUGAGGUGUGAUGUUCUCUAGGUAUACAUGAGAGAUGAGAUUAGCUCUCGUUUGAUCAAGGUUGUACUCGAUGGGAACAUAAAUCAAGUUUGUCUUCCUUCCUUUUUCCUUUUCUUUU